AGGUGUUAGUAUCAUCAUCCUGAAUUUUGCCAAACUUUAUAGUUUUCUUUUAUAUGUGCUGAGUUACUAAAACUAUUUUACUCUUCUUACAGACACACACUCUCUGCAGUACCUCCACACUCUCAUCACACCAGGAAUAAAUUUUACUGCUGUUGGUCUGCUGGAUGGAGAGCAGUGUGUGUCUUAUGACUGUAAGACCAAAAAGAUGAUCCCAAAGAUACAGUGGAUACAGAAGAUCAGUGCGGAUGAACCACAUUACUGGAACAUACAGACACAGCGUGUGAAGAAUCAUCAGGAGCACCUCCACGACAUGUGGAUACAGCAAUGAGGAACUUAAAUCAAAAUGAAGGAGUCCACACACUUCAGAGGAUGUACAGCUGUGAGCUCCAUGAUGACAGCACUACUAGAGGAUAUGAUCAGUACAGUUAUGAUGGAGAAGAUUUCAUCAGUCUGGAUCUGAACACUGGAACCUGGACUGCAGCUAAUGAUAAAGCUGUGAUCUUUAUAAAGCAGUGGGAUCCUACAGGAGAUGAAGCUCAAUACUGGAAGGACUAUUUGAAGAACAGCUGUAUUGAUCAGUUAAAGAAGUUUGUGUCUUAUGGCAGAGAGACUCUAAAGAAGAAAGUUCCUCCUACAGCAUCAGUGUUCCAGAAACACUCACCUUCUCCAGAGGUGGUGUGUCACGCUACAGGUUUAUGCAUAUAGGGUAAUGCAUAUUUUCAGUCUUUAUCAGAACUUAUGGAGUUUAUCAGUAGGUGAUUUAUUACUGUGGAUAAAAACAGAAGCUUAAAGACAAUUUCUACCUUCACCUUUACUGAGAAAGAACAGAAGUGUAAGAGCAGCAACUGAGACACUACAUACCUAAAAAUUAGGUAUAAAGCAAUCGUCAUCUCAGGUUUUAUAGGUAUACAUUUGCUGACAUUUGUGUGUGUGCACAGACAUAGACUAAUAGUAAAACAACAACAAAAACAAGCAUUUCAAAAUCAUUGACAAAAAUAUGUUUCUUUUUUGCUCUGUGUUACGUCCCUAAUAGUUGGUCUAGAGGUAUGAGAGGGAUGUAAGCAAAAAUAAAUUUUACAAUUCCCUGAGAUUGACUCUGGCAAGCACUGUCAGUGUUCUGAUUCAAGUGACAAAUAAUAUUAAGUACAAAAAAGUCUAAUAAAAGAUAAAGAAGCACUAUAUAACACUUUAUAAAACUAUUAAGUAUGAGAAAAAGAAGAAACAAACACAAACCCAGCUCUAACACUGCAGUAGCUGAUUGAGUCGUAGCAGCACCUCACUGUCAUGUCAGUGUCACUGCUGUACUGAGAAUCUCACAGCACACAAACUUCUGGACUUUUCCUUAGAUUUUUGUUUUAGACUCCAGUGGGGUUACAUUACUAUCAGCUAGGAGAAUCUCAACAACCAAACCAACACAAACUAUUUUACUGCUGAAAUGAACAGAUUUUAAUUAUUAGUUAUUAAUUAAACAGUAUUUAAUAGAGUUUGGGGUUUUUAUUAAUUGUGUUCUCAGUCAGAUUCUAAAAAACUACAAAUGUUCCCAAAAGCUUCAGUAACUGAACUCAGCAGCUGCUCAGACAUACAGUGAGUUUAUUACAUGAGAUUUCUGAUCUUUCUCAGUGCAGGAAACACACACUACAGGUACAGAAGAAAAAGACUGUGAUUAUAGUAAAAGUCUGUAUUUAUACUCACAGUGGUGAGUGAUGUGUUUAGCAGUGUUUACUGCAAUGUUUACAGAGAUACCUUGUAGUGUAGUGCUAUUUUUUAUUUGUUAUGAUGCAAAGGUGAUAUGUUCUGAGUGUUAUGAACUAAAUGCAACAUGAGCCAAGUCACAUUUCACCUUUACAUUCAUGUUUAUUUUUUUAUAAUAAAAAAAAUAAUGUGUGUGUGUGCACGUGUGCACAAAAGUGCCUAUGUUUGAGUGCAAAAGUAUUAAUACCAAGUACCUUGAAACUUUAGAGGAUUAUGCACCAUUUACAGGAUGUUUUUUCUUUUUCUCCCCAAAUUUAGUAUAACACUCUUUGAGGAAAAAGCUAUCUGUGAUUGACAGGAGACGGAGGUUAUCCCCUCCCACCCUGACAGCACAGACAAUACUUCUCAAAUUUGACUUUGCGCCUGUACAACCUUUACACAACGCUUAAAAACACUAGAAAAAUGAAACAGUUUUUAAGCCCCUAAAGCUCAAACCUGGUACACAUACUUUUGCACUCAACUGGACCUUGUUAUGUUUGUUGUAAAUAAAUCACCUACAUCUUAAAUGAACCUGUUUAUUUACUAAAUAUUAUGUUUUAUAAUUUUUUAUGAAAUAUAUUUUUAGAUAAAUUGCCUGAUAAACUUGAAAAUAAGUAUUGCAUUACACU